AUAGGAUCAUGUUAUAUAUUUGUCAAGUCACUUUGGUGCUCCUAGCUCUGGUGAGCAUUGGUUCUGCUGAUCUUAUGGUGGAAAGUCUGGAUGCAGUGCCUUUGGACGACGUAGCUGAUACUGAUGUUUCUAAGGAUAACAUACCACAUGCUACACCAAAUCAAGAAGAAGCUGCCUUAAUGCCCGAAAUUAUGGCUCAUGCCAUGGAAGAAUUUAUGGCAGCUGCAGAAUUGGGACAAAAGAUGGCACAAGACGGCAUCCAUACUCAAGAGGAAACCGAGAAACAGUACGUAAAAAUGGCUCAGUUGUUAGAAGAGAUGCUACAUUACAUGUACAGUGCCAACAACGCUUACAGCUUCCUCCAAGCUAAAGGCCUUAAUACUAUAAUCGUACCGAAUAUGCAUAUCACCUUCUCUCAACUAAGAACUUCGCUACUGCAGUUAUUAAAAGCUCUCUUCGAUAUAGCGCCAACCACGACAGUUACUGCCAUCCCUGACACCAUUCUAGACAAAUUAGUCGACAUAUAUGAACAAGACGAUGAUCUAGACAUCAAAAUUCACGCUAUAGAACUAUUAUCAGUCUGGCUUCCAGGAAACCCUCAAGCCCAAACGCGUGUCAUGAAAAUGAAGGGGCUCCUGCCGUUUUACAAACAACUGGCAAAACUGGAUCCACUGCUGACGAAAUUGACGUUAGAACUUUUCAAUAAGAUUAUGAACGAGCAUAUCGCCGCAAGGAAUAAAAAGCUGCAGAAGAAUAAAGCUGAUUAUAAGACUUUCCAACGAUAUCAGCAGAUGGGUUUGAUUGAGCGAUUAUCUACGCCUCUGUUCUGUAAUGGUUUGCUAAAGAUUUUCGAGGCAGUAUUUUCUACUGGUUCAGAACACAAGGAUACUAAAGAUUUGUUACCGCCCGUGUUAAAACUGCUUCAGGUCAUAAAACCACAUUGUUCUAGAGUGUAUAAUGGCAGGUCUAAAGUUGAAACACUGAUUAACCAAGUGUUAGAAAAGGUACAAGAACCAAGUACACGGGAAGAUCUGGAAAAACAGAUGGUAAAUGUUACAGAAGUCAUAGAAAGCUUGACCGAAUUUGCAGAGUUAGUGAAACUGAUAGAUCACACUGAACUUUGAAGCAGUUUUGUUUGGUGAGUAGAGAGUUAAUUAUAUUUUAUUUAGAUUAUCCUGGAUGCGUGUUUAG